AAAUAGCGGGGCAGACCAAAGUGGCGGCCACGGCCACCGAAGUGUUUCUCAUGGAGCGCAUGAGCGGCAUGCUCUCGGCAUGGGGCCAAGCCACAGACGCGCAAAUCCUUGACUUGCAGAAGACCACCAAUGUGUACUGGAAACAGCACUAUUCCGACUACAUGGCUUCCAGAGAUGCCAGUUCCUUGUUGUCUGUGUUGAGCUCGACAUUGUUUGCGCCGCGUGGGGGGGAAGGGGCGGGAACCACGGUGUUUGUAGGACACGAUACGAAUAUCGAGGCUAUCGGACAGCUUCUGGACCUUCGGUACAUCGACCCGAGGUUCGGCGAAGAAGCAGCAGCGCCUAUGUCUCGCCUUGUGUUCAACCUCCUCGAAGGACCCCUAGAAGACAGCGAUACCAUCGAGACUAAGGUCACUCACAGUUCGGAGCCCCAGCGCUAUGUAUCUGCACGCUAUUACAGCACAACUUUGGAUGGAGAUGUAAUGCCCGAUGAUGGGACCACUGUAACCUUUCUGGGUGACCAGCGACUGCAACGUAUUGGAGAGGAUGUGUUCAAGGCCAGGGUGGCUGCGAUGUUAAACAUGGAUUGUAUUUAGUUGAUGAGCACGGAAGGCAAAGUAGUGGGCCUGUGGCUGCCAAGGAUAGCAUAGCAGGAGUG